CUGAGAUCAAGACCAGGGCUGAGAUUGAGAGUUAGAUGCUUAACCAACUGAGCCACCCAGUGGCUUUGGAAUUGGAUAAUGUGUGGAGACUCGAAGAAUCUUGAGGUUCAUGAUAGAAAAAGCCCCAAAUGCCUUACCUCACUGUUGCAGAAACAGAGAUAUGAAAGGCUGCUUGUGGUAAGGGCUCAGAAGCAACUGGAAGAAGGUUCGUGACCCCUUCCUGGCGCUGCUCCAACCUCUGCUCCCAUUGUCGUAUCUGUCCUGUCUUCUUAGCAAAAUCUCCCUGCUUCCCUCCCCUAAGAAUGCGUGUGAUUGUAUUUAGCGCCCACUCAGAUCAUCCGGGGUAAUCCCUUUAUCCCAAGAUCCUUAACUUGAUCACAUCUGCAAAAUCUGCCAGAUAAGAUAACGUCUGGGUUCCGGGGAUUAACACCUGAAAUCUUUGGGGGCCAUUACUUCAGUUACCACAGGGUCCGGAUUUGGGAUCAGAACAUACUUGAGUGUGAGUCCCAGCUCAACAUAUUACUCGGCCUGGAACUUGGGGAGCUAUUUGUUUUUACUCUGUAUUUAUAUCCUUACUUAUAACACGGAGAAAGUAUUAACCUUAUGGUUAUUCUGGUGAUGCUUUCAUAAGAAAAUCUACCUAAAUAUUCCUGAUACUCAGUAAACAGGGAGUUGAUGCAGACUGAUUCUCCUCCCUUUCUGUUCCUCGUACUCUGUUCGCUCCUUCCCCUACCCCCCUGAUGUCCCCUCUCCCCUCACCACUGCUCUAUUUCUCCUAUCUUCUCCCAUUCUGGUUCUGGCGCCCCUUCUGAAGCCUGCGUUUCUACUUUGCUCCUGCAGGUCGUGUCCAGAGAGAGGACGAGUUGCCCCAACAUAGGCUGGGAGCUGCAGGGAGGGACCUCCCAGGCCAGAACUUGGCGUGAACCAUUGGUGGAGAGUCCCCUGGGAGAGGUGACACUUCCCAGCUUCCCUUUGUGGCCGCUGACUUGACCUGAUGGCACAGGGACAGAGACCAGUGCUUGCUUUUCAGAUGGAUUGCUAUACGGGGGUGACAGGCACCAUCUACGAGUACGGUGCCCUCACGCUCAGUGACGGGGACUACAUCCAGUUCAAGCAGUACGCGGGCAAGGUCGUCCUCUUCGUCAACGUGGCCUCCUACUGUGGCUUGACAGCUCAGUAUCCUGAACUGAACGCACUUCAGGACGAGCUGAAGCGCUAUGGCGUGGUCGUGCUGGGCUUUCCCUGCAACCAGUUUGGAAAACAAGAACCAGGAAAGAACUCAGAGAUCCUUUCUGGACUCAAGUAUGUGCGUCCAGGUGGCGGCUUCGUCCCCAGCUUUCAGCUCUUUGAGAAAGGGGAUGUGAAUGGAGAAAACGAACAGAAGGUCUUUACCUUCCUGAAGAACUCCUGCCCCCCGACCUCUGAUCUUUUGGGCUCACCAGACCAGCUGUUCUGGGAGCCCAUGAAGGUCCAUGACAUCCGCUGGAACUUUGAGAAGUUCCUGGUGGGGCCCAACGGGGUCCCUGUCAUGCGCUGGUUCCACAAGGCUCCCAUCAGCACCGUCAGAUCGGACAUCCUGGAGUACCUGAAGCAGCUAAAAACCAAGUAGAAAGGCCCAGAGGCCGUCAGAAAUAGCCACCUGCCUCCCGCCUGAAGGUCAUGGUUGAACACUGGGUCCAUCUUUGCUCCACAUGCCUUCCUACCCAGCGUCCCUGUGACCCCGCCAUCCUGGAUAUGCGUGCGUGUUGGUGUGCAUGUGCCCGUGCGUGUGCUUGAGAACAAGGCAACGAAAACCUAUCUCCCCAACUCUCUGCUCCCCGAACAUCAGGUUUUUUCCACUGCAUUGCAAAGGAAAAGCACAUUUCCGGGUAGAUGGCUCGGACUCCCAAAUAUCCCUGAAAAAGGUGGUCCCCAGGAGUUCUGGCGUCUGUCCUUCCCCAUCGUGGAGGUUUGAAGAAAGCAGGAACUGGCAGCAAGACCCUCCAGACCCCCUUCAUAACCUCUCCUGUCCUUGAAGAUAGCCCUGGGGUGGAAGCUCUUCCUCUCCCAAGUGAGGCCUUCUGUCCCCCACACCCUGCACACUCCUACAGGGCCUCUGAAGUCCGGGCGAGGGUGGAAACCUGGGCUCCCUGAAGGAAGGCAACUCCCUGAUGGGGGCCCCCGGCCCCUCUGGGUUGGACCUACCCAAGCUUCCUUGGCCCCUGUCCCUUAGUGGUUCCAGGGCAGGGAUGUCCCUUCAUUCUGAAGUUGGGGCUUUGUCCUCACCCUGAGCCUCCCCCCGCCACACACAUACCUCUUCUCAUCACUGACUCAAAUAAAGGAAAUUCUGCAGCAGA